AUGUCACAACAAGGAGAGGACACAGUCAUGGCUACGACCAACGACACUAACAAUGAACAGAGUCUCUUUAGAUCCUAUAUCACACAAUACUUUACACAGUUGACAAGAGGAUGCAAGGAGUCUCUAAAGAGUCAUUCACUAUAUUGUAUUCACAAUCCAUUAUGUAACAAACCAGAGGAGGAUGCCAACUUAUCAGCUGUAAAGGCAAUAGAAUAUGCAAAGACGUUCAAGGAGAAGUUCUUGUGCUCAUAUCUGAAGGAUAAGGAGAGUUUGAUCUUUAGGAAGAAUGAGGAGUCCAUAUUAGUAUAUCUUAAACGAUGCCAACAGAAACAGGCAUACACCUUCAUCAUUGUGUCCAUCAAGGAGCACUUCUCACUUCCCUCCCAGGUAGAAGAGAUAGCAAACAACAAUCCUAUCAGGCAGGCAAACGACACCUUUGAUUACUUUAAAGGACUGAACCUGAAGGACACCAGGGAAAUCUUUGACAUCAUUAUGUCACUGAAUCGUGAUGAUGUCACCAAAGCAUUGUUGGACUCACUUAGCGAUCUUAGUGCAUACCUCAGGUUCAACUCUUCUUCAUUCACUACACCAACCUCAUUGAUAUCAUUUGUACUUCUCCUAUCGAACCCAUUCAUCAACGAUAUUGAUCACAUCAGGAUGUUUGAGAAUCUCUGCAUUGGAAUAUACCAACUGAUACCUUCACUGCUGUCUGUGUUUGGGGAGUGGCUAUCAACAUUCUCAAAGGAUCACUUCACUCAAACAUUGACCAACUUCCAGCAGUUCAUAUCUGUGCGAUUGUUGACAUCUGAUGAGAAGCUGGAGCUCAACACUGACAAACCAAUCAUUGGCGCAUGUGCAUUCAUGCAGCUUCUGGACAACAUCAACAUCAAGAAGAAAUACGUCGACUAUAGGGAUUUCUACAAUGACAUGGUCAACAACAACCUGAACCUAAGAGUGGACAUCAUGAACUAUACCGCCGACACAGGCUUCUCUUAUACCAAGUAUCCAUUCAUUUUGAAUACAUUUGUAAAGAGCACCUAUCUACAAGUGGAGUAUACGAUACAGCAGGAUCUGCCAGAGUAUUUGGUAUUCCAAGUCCGCAGAGAUAAUAUUAUACACGACGCAUUGAACAAUAUUCAAAACCACAAGUAUGACAUGAAGAAGGAACUAAAGAUCAAGUUUAAAGGUGAGGAGGGUAUCGAUCAAGGUGGCGUCCAGAAGGAGUUCUUCCAGAUUGUGGUGCGCAAGAUAUUCGAUCCAGAGUUUGGAAUGUUCAUAUAUAAUGAGAGGCUAAGGACAUGGUGGUUCAACACCAACUCAUUGGACAAGCUAGAGUUUGAACUGAUUGGAAUCAUACUUGGCCUGGCACUGUACAACUCAAUCAUCUUGGACGUCCACUUCCCCUUGGUAGUCUACAAGAAGCUGCUUGGAUAUCCUGUGGACAUUGACGACGUGGAGUCAGUGGAGCCGGAGAUCUAUAGGUCGAUGAUCAAGAUGCGAGACACUACCGAUGAUGUCUCACAAUGGUCAACAUACUUCUCGGUGACCUAUGACAACUUUGGCGAGACAAAGGUGCACGAGCUCAAGCCAGGUGGCGACAACAUCCUGGUCGACAAUUCGAACAAAGAGGAGUAUCUGACAUUGUACACAAACUACCUGCUCAACAUAUCCAUAUCAAAGCAAUGGGUAGAGUUUUACAAAGGUUUCCAACUGGUGUGCGACUCUCCAUUCCUUCGUCUACUAAGACCACAAGAACUGGAAGACUUGAUAUGUGGAGUUGAGGACUUGGACUUUACCGAACUGGAGAAGGUUGUCAUCUACGAAGGUGGCUACACGAACCAAGAUCAGACCAUAAAAUACUUCUGGGAGACAAUACAUGGAUUAUCCAACGAGAUGAAGAAGAAGUUCUUGUCAUUCUCGACUGGCUGCGAUCGAGUGCCCUAUGGUGGACUGUCCAAGAUGCACUUCUCAAUCCACAAACAAAUCGAUAGUGAUCGUUUGCCAUCCGCUCACACCUGCUUCAAUGCGCUCAUCCUGCCAUGCUACCCAACCAAAGAGAAGCUCGAAGAACGUCUAAUCAAAGCCCUUAACAAUGCCGAGGGAUUUGGUUUAAAGUAG